UUUGAAAAAGAAUUCCCGAAAAAGGCAGGAGAUAAUUUCACGCCAUGCUGUAACGCACGUUACGAUCUGUCAAAGUUUGACAGCGUGUGCACUGCAUUAGCCCGUCGCAGUUUAUCCGGCUGCAAAACUGUCAAGCUGUAAUACCAAACAACUUCGCUCGAUCGCUUUUUGGUAGAUAAAAAUUACCACCUUUUGCUGUGUAUUGUUCGUAUAGUUUAGCAGUUUUUAGCGUAGCCAACACGGCCGGUCCAUUAUGGACGCGAUGGACAACAAUUUGGAGCAACAAACCAACGGUACAAUGGUGCCACCACCACCGAUCCCACCGGCAGAAAUGCUGAUGGGCGGUGGUAUGCCAGUAGAAAUGGUCGAUGGUGGCGGAUGGCCUGUACAGAUGGUUCCGAUGAUGCAGGACGACCAUCUAAACAUGCAACAAACGGAACUGGCCGAACUAGAUCAGGAAGAUCAGGAGGAGGACGAAGAGGAAGAGGAGGAACGCGAAGACUUGCAACAGUCGCCGGUAUUGUCUCCUCCGCCUGCAUUGAUGUCGCUGGAGGUAGACAAUCCCGACGAAAUGGCAAAAAAACCUUCCGAAUUGGUACUGCCAAAAGCCCUGGAGGAUGUGCUAGCAUUGAAGACGAUUCGCGCACAGGAAUUAGGGGCGGAAGAAACGUUAGUUGCAUCGGGUGUCGUGCUACCGGGUGCUUACUUAGAAUCGGAACCAGUAAUGGAUUCCGAGGAUGAAAAUGUUAACGAACCGAGUGCGGCUGAUGCGGAAGGAGACGAUUCCUCCAUGCUCGGCGCAUUUUCCGACCCCAGUCAAACACGUUUGGAAGAAAAGCAGGACAAAAACAGACGCAAGAAGAAACGGAAGAAGGAAAACCGAAAAGCCCGACGGGUACAAAUGCAAAAAACACAUGAAGAACGGUUACAACAACAGCAGCAGCAGCAGCAGCAGCAGCAACAGGAACAACAACACAAGUACCCGGAUAAAAUAAUGAAAACGCAACAUUCAAAGCAUAAAUCAACACGUUCGAAAGAUCCGGCACAGGAUGCAGCUAACGAGGAAGUGGAACAAGGUGAGGAAGAACGUAUGGCUACGGAGCCUGAUGUGUCGGACCCGAACGAGGACGGCGAAGAGAAGGAGACAGCGGAAACGCUGAAAACGGUUAACGGCGAUCAAGAGAAAAAUGGUGAAACAGAAGAGAUGGAAGAAGCCGAAGAUGAUCCGCGUACAAACGGCGAAAAGGAAGAUGGGGAUGAAGAAUCGGUAGUCCAAGCGGGCAGUGAAGGAAAUGAUAACAAGGCACCGGCAUCAAAACAGCCGAACGAAUCGAUCAGCACCGAGGACGAUAUCUUGAAGGACGUGGAGAUUGAGUACGUACCGGAAAAGGUAACCAUCGCCGAUCUUGGCCCGAUGUAUCGACAGUUUUAUCGCGUGUUUGAAAUAUUCAAACUCGACACCAAGUCAAAGGAAACGGUAAAGAGUACGGAAGAGGCGGACAAAGAGAAGGCAGCUGCCGAGACGAAAAAGGUGGACGACGGGCUGGAUUACGACUACGACGAUAUGGGCGAUCACGAUGAGAAGGACGACAAGGAGAAGGUGUCCAAGCGCAAGCUAAAGAAAUUGAAUCGCCUGAGCGUGGCCGAGCUGAAACAGCUGGUAACGCGGCCCGAUGUGGUCGAAAUGCACGACGUAACUGCGCGCGAUCCGAAGCUGCUAGUGCAGCUGAAGAGCCACCGGAAUACGGUGCAGGUACCGCGGCAUUGGUGCUUCAAGCGCAAGUAUCUGCAGGGCAAGCGUGGUAUCGAGAAGCCACCGUUCGAUCUACCGGCGUUCAUAAAGAAGACCGGAAUCAUGGAGAUGCGCGCCUCGCUGCAGGAAAAGGACGAAGCGAAGACGCUCAAGGCGAAAAUGCGCGAACGGGCCCGGCCAAAGAUGGGCAAGAUCGAUAUCGAUUAUCAGAAGCUGCACGACGCUUUCUUCAAAUGGCAAACAAAGCCUCGCAUGACGAUCCACGGCGAUCUGUACUACGAGGGCAAGGAGUUCGAGACGCGCCUGAAGGAGAAGAAACCGGGCGACCUGUCGGAGGAGUUGCGCAUCGCGCUGGGCAUGCCGAUAGGGCCGGCCUGUCACAAGAUCCCGCCACCGUGGCUUAUCGCCCAGCAGCGGUACGGGCCACCGCCGAGCUACCCUAAUCUUAAGAUACCGGGUUUGAAUGCACCCAUUCCGGAGGGAUGCUCGUUUGGCUAUCAUGCCGGCGGAUGGGGUAAACCACCGGUGGAUGAAAGCGGCAAACCGCUGUACGGUGACGUGUUCGGUGUGGCCGGAAUGGACGGAGAGGGUGGUAUGGGCGAGGAAGAAAUUGAUCGGACUGUAUGGGGCGAGCUGGAAUCGGAAUCGGAAGAGUCGUCCGAGGAGGAGGAGGACGAGGGCGAAGAUAUGACGGCACAGCCAGACGAAAGUGGACUGAUCACACCAGCCGAAGGACUCGUGACACCGUCCGGUCUAACCAGCGGCGUCCCGGCAGGCAUGGAAACACCCGACACGAUCGAACUGCGCAAGAAGAAGAUCGAAAGUGAGAUGGAAGACAAUGAGACGCCAGUACUGUAUCAUGUGCUACCGGAGAAGCGAAACGAGCGCAUCGGUGCGGCUAUGAUGGCUUCGACACACGUGUACGAUAUCUCCGCAGCCGGUGGUGGUGGUGGUGGUGGGCCUGGUGGUGUACCAGGUGCUGGUGGACCUACAGCAGGUGCCGGUGGUGGCCGUGCUGCUGGCCGAAGCGGUGGUCCAGUCGAUCGCGAAGGUAUGGUCGAACUGGCGCUCGAUCCAUCCGAGCUUGAUCUGGACAAUGAGGCCAUGGCGCAGCGAUACGAGCAACAGAUGCGGGAACAACAGAGCCAUUUGCAGAAGGAGGACCUUUCCGACAUGCUGGCGGAACACGUGGCCCGGCAAAAGUCGAAACGGAAACGACAGCAAACCGACACAACCAGCAAACAGUCGAAAAAGUACAAGGAGUUCAAAUUCUAGAAUCCCUGGCGCCGGGUCGGAGAGGGGGCUCAUCGGAAGCGAUCUUCAAACUACCGCAACUGUCAUACCUUUUUACCACUUCCUGUCCCGUGUCGAGUGUCUGUUCUCCUUUUAGUGUAUGCUCCGUUUUUUGCAAUAUCCGCCGCUGUGGAUAUAGUUCCAUUCUAGCCCAGUCAGGGAAUUAUGAUUCAAGUGAGGCAAGGUGAAAUUUAACAUUAGAAAUAAAUUACUACAUUUCCUUCGUAUGUCCUCUGUCCCUACCAGCGGAGGGCACUGACGUGAAA